GUGGCAAGCAAACCCGAACCGCUUUGGUAAAAGAAGGCAAUCUAAAUGAUUAGAAAUGAUGCAGUCUAGAUCAACAUGGUGGACCAUCCUUGCAAUCCAACAAACAACAUAAAAUCACACAUGGAUGAUCGCCGCGCUUGGUUUCUUGACCUGUGCCAUGAUCAAGUCCAAGCUCGUAGACAAACUCUUUGACGGCCCGAUUGACAUUGUUGGAGACAUCCAUGGAGAGUGUGGUGCUCUUGUCAGCUUGCUUGACCGCCUCGGCUAUGAUGGCAAUGGGAACCACAAGGAGGGCCGGCGAUUGGUUUUCAUUGGAGACCUCGUAGACCGCGGGCCCGAUUCACCUGGUGUUGUUCGUUUGGUGCGACGCCUGGUGCAGUUGGGAAAGGCCCAAUGCAUUCUGGGAAAUCAUGAACUCAACAUUUUGCGCGGAGAGCACAAGCAUGGAAAUCACUGGUUCUUUGGCGAGCCUGAAAUUAUCCGGAAGGAUAAAGAGGCGAAGAGCUUCCAAGUGUUGGCAGAUGAAGAGAUGAGGGCAGAGGUGAAGGCCUUUUUCCUGAGCCUGCCGAUGGCCUUAGAACGCGAUGACUUGGUUGUUGUCCACGCAGCCUGGGAUGAGGAGUCAGCUGAGAAUCUCCGAACCUUUGAAGGGAGCGUCAUCGAUGCUUACGAUAUUUUUGAUCAAAGAAUUCAGGACGGAAUACAGUUUGAUGGUAUCACUGACCAAGACGAGAUCGAUAUGCGGGAACAGAAUCGAAACCCUGUCAAAGUCCUCAGCUCCGGGUACGAAGGACGUGCGCCGGAGCCUUUCUUCGCGGGUGGAAAAAUGAGAAAUUUGGAACGCUUGAAGUGGUGGGAGAACUAUGCCGCAAAGGACGGCAGGUUGGUUGUGAUUGGACACUAUUGGCGUCGGUUUCUGGAUGAAGUCCAUCCAACGGUGUUUGAGAAACAUCCGAAAGGCUUUUUGCCAUCUGGAGUUGAUAUGUUUCCUGGCUAUUCGCCUGAUUCCCUCCUUGGCAUCAACAAGAAGGUGAUUUGUGUGGACUUUUCCGUUGGGGUCCGUUUUGAGGAGAGAGGUAUGGGUUUGCCAGAAGGUGGCCUUGGCACACAACUGGUGGCCCUUCGUUUCCCUGAUCUUCUUUUACAAAGAAGUGAUGGACUGAUCUUGCCGGUGAAGUAGCUAGCCAUCACAGAGUUCGACCUGAAAAAA